UUGGACGGCACGUGGAACGGUCCGAAAGAGACGAACGAGACGACAGAGAACAAGGAGAAGAAUAUCAGUCGACUAGAUAUAUCGGCAAGCGACGGUCACGAACCUCGGAUCAUGGACGGCACAAUGAUCAGCGGACGUCAGUACUACGAGAUCCCGCCUGCGGGCCAAGCGAUCACGACUUCCUACAAAGGCAACCGGCGGUUCGAUCCCGACUACGGACUCAACUACGGGCACCACAGCUACGCUAUCGAACAGAAAGACUACCGGGCGGCCCGGGCAGUCUCUGGCAGUGGCCUUGGGCCAGCGGGUGCAAGGCAAUCGCUGUCAGCGCUGGACGACAAACGUGCCAACGAAAUUCGACAUGGCGUCUACGCACACGUUUUCCUGGAUGUCAAAAAUAGCAGCAAAUCAGAAGCUCCCCCCACGCCUCAUUUAUUAUCGAUCCCGAGCCUUUCUUUCCAAGUGGAUCCGGACCCAACGGAGGCUGCUUUAGGAAGCGUCGUCCAGACGUGGAAAUCCGAGAUCUUUUCUCUAGUGUCUAUAGCUCUUGACACCGCGGGCACGCUUCUGGCAAGACCGGCAGAUACGGAUAGGCACUCGGCCUACGGCCUACUGCAGGAGAUUCCAGCCCGACUGAACAAGCCACUUCCUACGAUGCCGUCAAGUUCUUCCGGUUGGUUUGUCCUCAAGAUUACGUCCCCACGAGAUCCUCCUGCCCAGGCUGGGCGGGGCGGAGACAGAGUUACUUGUCACUUCUGA